GCGAACUCACGCGCGCGGGUUCGGCGCCACCCUCCAAUCCAAAGGGCAAGGCAAAAGCUCGCCCCACCCCCAAGGCCCCAACCUGCCUAUACGGCCAGACCUGCUCGCCUGAUUCGCUCUCCCGCGAUUCCACCCCCACAAAUCCUCCGACCCAACCCAAUCCAGCGUCUCAAAAUUCACGCAACUUCGCGUCGCGUCGGCUCCAAAUUUGCCCCCUUCGAUCCAUAAAUCCCUUCCCCCACCCCCGAUUUUGCGCCGAAUUCGGUUAGCUUAUUACUCUCCGAGCUUAUCGCCAACCGUCUGUCCCGACCUCGAGAUCCGGCUCAUUUUUUCACCCUCUUACGUAUUCGGAUCGAGCCCGAGCUGCCAAUUCGAGGAGCUCCGAACGCGGGCCGCAUAAAGCGAAUCGAAUGAAUCAAGCUUGCGCGACGGGCAGUUGAUGCCACCCGGCGAUGGAUCGCCGCAUCCUCAGGACCUCGUCGUGCAACGGCAGCGGUAAGAACCCGUCCCCUUCCUCUCCCGCGGCGGUCUCACGGCCUGCGUCCUCCGGGGGCAUCGGCUCCAAGGACGACGCCGCUGCCGGCGAGCGCAAGGCGCUGCUGCCGCGGCAGCCUCCUGGCGGCAUGGCGCGGAAGGGCCGCAAGGGGUCCAACCGCCGCGUGCAGUGGAAAGAUAAGCAUGGCAGCAAGCUCACCGAUGUCAGGGAGUUCCAGCCUAGGAACCCAUCAAAUUUCAACUACUCUGCAAUGGGCUUUAGUCUUAUCUCCAAAGGUGAAGUGAGUAUACUUUGUGACUCAAGUGACUCAGAUGAUGAAUAUUUGGAUACAUGCAUAUGCUCAAUCAUGUAAAUACAUCUUGCACAGGUGGAUUCUAUCAUGUGUAUAAGGAGCUGUAUCUCAGUAUUACUGUCUUCGGCUUGGCCCUAACAGUACAGUGACAAUCAUGCAUGCAUGCAUAGUUCGUUCCAACAGACUCCGAACUGGUGAUAAUCAGCUGGCCUUAACUGGGAGUUACAUCAAAGACCUAGAAAAUGAUCACCGGAUUCAGUAGGUAGACAUGAUUAAAGAAGCCGAGAAAGAAUGCCUUUCUUUGGUUUAAUUUUGGAUACCAACAGCAUCCUGAGUUUUUGGCAGAGUAAUGAUUCAUGUGAUAAUGCAAAUGCUAUUAGAAUCGAACAUUACUAAUUCCUGUGCAUGAUUCAGAUCGAUUUUGUCAAAUAGGAUUUGAUGUAUUAACAUGGUAUGUUUCUUUUAAAAAGAAUCCUUGCUACCAUCAUUUGUUACUUACAGGAGCUAGUGCCCAGAUUUGUGCUGAACACUAUUAACAAACUGAUCUGUGCAAUUUCAUAUUUGCA